AUGGCUCGACUAAUCCACGGCGUCACCGCAACGCCAGUCCCCCGCCGCGGCGCCGACCCCCAGACCGACCUCACCCUGCUGCUCACUCGCCUACAACGCACCAUCCUCCACGCCGACGCCGAGCGCGAGGCGCGCUUGCGGGACAGCGAGUUUGAGAGGGACAAGGCGCGAGCGAACGUCCAAUAUGCGCGGUCGCUCCUCACGAAGCUCGAGCAGGAAGCUCUCACCGUCAAGAUCCACGCCCGUCGCCAGGACAUUCAGACCGACUUGGUGCAGAAGCAGGAGAUUCUUGACCAAUUGUCUGAGCGGCUGAGCGAUCUGGCUGAGUUUGCUGCGGCUGGGAGGAGCAGAAGCGGGCGGAGUUUUGAGGAGGGGAAUAAGGACGGCCGUGACGACGACGACGAUACGUCUGAUGGGGAGGAUAUUUUGGCUGAUAUUAUCGCUACUCCUAGCGAGAGCUUGGAGUCGACUCAGUCUGCCGAUGCACCACAGGAGUCGAGGGGCGAGCCUCAAACAUCGCACCCACCACCACAACCACAACCGCAGCUCGAUGAUAAGACAGACGAUCCUCCGAAUAGAGAACCACAACAAGAACAAACCACGGUAACCUCCCAAACUCUCCGGCCUCGCCACACCCCUCACGCCCAGUCACAAUCCCAAAACCCUCCAGAAUCCCAAUCCCACUCACCAUCACAAUCUCAUCCACACCCACCACCAACCCGCGCAUCCACCACCUCCUCCCUCCUCAACACCACCCAACCAACCCCCCCAACAACCUCCCCAACCUCACCCCCAACAACAACAACUCGAUCCCCCACAACAGCCAUCUCCACAACCGAAGCCAUCCUCGACCACCAACGCGCCGAACAAGACGCCCUCUCCUCCUCCAUCCUCCGCCUGGCCUCCGAACUCAAACAGUCCUCCCACGCCUUCAGCGCCUCGCUCGAAGAGGACCGCGAAUUAGUCGACCGUGCGGGACGCGGGCUGAGUAAAACCGGCCAGGAUAUGGAAGGGGUUACGCGCAAAAUGGGGAUGUUGACAAGGAUGACGGAGGGGGAGGGGUGGUGGGGACGAUUGAGGCUGUAUGGCUUUAUUUAUGGGUUGAUGGUUGUGUUGGUUUUGGUGGUUUUUGUUUUGCCGAAGUUGAGGUUUUGA